AUGAAUUCAUCAUUUACAGAUUGUUGUGUCCGCUAUGGACAAGAAUGUGUCUAUACUAAAUUUUCACAAGGCAAUAUGACUCUCGGUGAAAUCUAUAUGACUCUCAUAUAUGGUCUUAUCGAUCCAGCAUGCUUACCUUCCAUGGCUGUCAUUUAUCAUGAUAAUAAAGUAUGGUGUACAGAUACACGUAGAUUAACAUUAGCAAAAGAAUUAGAAAGACAAGGUAAAUGGGAUGUACUUGAAUUGAUGCGUAUUCAUCAAGUUGAACGCAAUACUGCACAAUAUAGAGAUUUUGUCAAUCAUCGAUUACCUGCGAUGCGUCGUAGAGGAUUCAAUGGAUUAACUGUUCAAGUAUCUGAUAAUCGUGGUCCAACUUGUUGCUUUAACAGUGAUAGCAGACUUCGUGCAGAUCUUGAAGAUCACAUCAUCAACGAUCAUUUGAAUUAUAUGACUCUGAAACAAUUCAAAGAUCUCGCACAUUUCUAUUGUGAUAUGUGUCAUAAGACGACUCAAAUUACGUGUAAAAAAUCUACCAAGGCCAGUUAUUAUACAAUUAUACGAAAAUGUGGUUGUCAACCAAAGAAUACGCAUCGAUUUUCACAACCUUGGACUAACAUAACAUUGCAAGAAUUAUGUGAUGAAUUAAAACGCUACAAACAGUGUACAGAACAGCCGAAAACUUCAACGUUGCGCGGACAUCCGUCACAGAAACCUUCAAAUACCAACGCAGCGAAAGAUCAAUUGAUCAACAAUAUUAGUAGAACUAAUGGUUCUACAUCUACUUCCACUUCAACAAUUCGUGGUGAUGAAUGUCAAGCACGUAUUAUUAGCACACUUUUUGGUAUAGAAUUUUGUCAAGAUGAUAUAGGUAUUGGUGACGAUGAAGUUGAAGAACAAAAUUAUUCUGUAUUAAUUGUUAAAUAA